CUUGCUUCUCCGUCUCUCCGACCUUCGUGUUCCAACGCACGAACACACCUCUUUAAAACUUUCCCCUCAAGAAAAAAAAAAUCAAAUCUCCGAAAAAUGAUUCAAAAACCAAAUGCUGAAUAAAGAAAUCAAAAAUCACACAACUAAUCCCCGCGCGCCGCCGCCAUUGAAUCGUUGAAAUGAGUCCGUCGUGGAAGCAACUAAGCCGGCUCGUCGACGGCCUAUCGCUCGUAGCGAAGGAGAUCUACCACCAGUCUCCCGAGUUACAGAGAGCUAGAAACGGAGAUCUCGAAGCUUUGGGGAAAAAAGCUUUAGUCGCCGCCACCGACUUGGUCGGACUCACCUCCGGGAAGCUUCGUAACCUCUCUAACCGUCGAUCUAAGGAACCUUCCGUCGUGUACUUCGACGAGGGAGAUGACAAAGGAUCGAGUAAAGUCGAUGUAACCGUCUCCGUCACGCCUGAGGUCGUUGCGAAACCUAGUAGCUCCGUUGAGGAUAUUGUUGUUGUUGAUUCGAAGAUCGAUGAAGUUAGGGUUUCGGAUAGAGAUGGAGAGAAAGUUGGAGUUGGAGUUGGAGUAGGAUCGUCUCCGUUGGAGGUGGCUCCGGUGAAGAGAAGGAAGCCUAGAGAAAGGAAGGUUCCUUCAACUCCUAUGGCUAGAGCUUAUGGGUUUUUCAAUCUUGGAGCUGGUCUUGCUUGGGGAGCUGUUAAAGAAUCAACCUACAGGCUUGUGAAUGGUACACCACCCACACAAGGGAACCAACCUGCGCUCUCGUCUUUACUUUCUGAGGAAAAUGCAGAGAGAUUGGCUCUUGGGUUGUGUGAAAUGCGUGGAGCUGCACUUAAAGUUGGCCAAAUGUUGAGUAUACAGGACGAGAGUCUUGUUCCUGCCCCGAUCUUGAAUGCUCUGGAACUUGUGCGUCAAGGUGCAGAUGUGAUGCCAAGGAGCCAACUUAAUCCAGUUUUGGAUGCUGAGUUAGGUCCAAAUUGGCAAUCUAAGUUGGCUAGUUUUGAUUAUGAACCGUUAGCAGCAGCAAGUAUUGGUCAGGUGCACCGAGCUGUUACUAAAGAUGGAUUAGAAGUAGCAAUGAAGAUUCAGUACCCUGGAGUUGCCAACAGCAUUGAAAGUGAUAUCGAAAAUGUCAGACGCUUGUUAAACUAUACUAAUCUCAUUCCAAAGGGACUCUUUCUCGACAGAGCUGUUAAGGUUGCUAAAGAAGAGUUGGCACGAGAGUGUGACUAUGAGAUUGAAGCAAUCAGUCAAAAGCACUUCCGUGAUUUGCUUUCAGACACUCCAGGGUUCUACGUUCCUCGUGUAAUAGAUGAGCUCUCAAGCAAAAAAGUUCUAACCACAGAACUUAUCUCUGGAAUCCCCAUUGAUAAAGUAGCCUUGUUAGAUCAAGAAACACGAGAUUAUGUCGGGAGGAAGAUGCUCGAACUCACAUUGAAAGAACUCUUUGUUUUCCGCUUCAUGCAGACAGAUCCAAACUGGGGUAACUUCUUAUACGAUGAACCCACAAAAACAAUCAAUCUUAUCGACUUCGGAGCAGCUCGUGAUUACCCCAAGAAGUUCGUCGAUGACUAUCUACGAAUGGUGAUGGCUUGUGCUGAUAAAGACAGUAAAGGAGUGAUUGAGAUGUCGAGGAGACUCGGGUUCUUAACCGGAGAUGAACCAGACGUGAUGCUAGAUGCUCACGUCCAAGCUGGUUUCAUUGUGGGUCUACCUUUUGCAGAGCCUGGUGGCUAUGCUUUCAGAACCAACAACAUUACUUCGAGCGUCUCGAAUUUAGGAGCAACCAUGUUGAAACAUAGACUCACACCACCACCUGAUGAAGCCUAUAGUCUUCACCGUAAACUAUCUGGUGCUUUCUUGGCUUGUAUCAAGCUUGGUGCUACCGUUCGUUGCCGUGAUCUCUUGCUCCAAGUUUAUGAAAAGUAUCAGUUUGAUGAUGAGCCACAAGAUCCAGUGGUGGCUACAAGAUCUGCUCCUUAGUAACACAAUCAUACGCAACAAACUACAUUAGCGAUUAUUUUCUCCAUUUAAGGAGUAUAAACGAUUCUUGUUUUGGUACACAAUUGGCUUAAUCUUAGAAUAAAUUCUUCCAUUAAUGUAAAAUGUUGGAAUAUUACAAUAAUGCUGGAGAAAUCAAUCAUCAAACUUAAAAGGUUAUGAUAAUGAGAAAUCUGUUGAUGAGGAUGUUCUUAGUUAUCUAAACUGUAUUGGAA